AAUAUCUUUUUAAUUAACAAAACUGACUGAAACGGAAGUGAGGCCAGUGAGCGAUCGGGCGGCGAUCCCCUUCAUCCUUCCUCUCCCCGUCGCCAUCUUCCUUCUUCUCUUCUCCACGUGACGUCACUGCACCAGCGACAGCCCCUAUUUCUCGUUGCCCUCCGCCGAUCCUCCACCACACACGAGCGCCGGCGACAACUCUCCCAUUGCCCCUCCCGAUCUGCCCUCUCCUUCUGUCGCACAGCCUCCAAAGCCAGUAGAAGGCCGAGCAACGCCGCCCCUCCCUUCCCCCUCUCCUCUCCGGCACCUUCUCUCGCCUCUCUCGCCUCUCUCGCCUCUCUCUCUCUGUUCACGCGGCCGUCGCCACCCGAAGUCGAAGAAGAGCUGAGAUUUACACCGCCGACCUUCAUUUCUCUCUCCUCUUCGGCAUUCUCUCUUUCUCCCUUUCUGUUUUACGGCUCUGUUUUGGGCCGAGCCAAGAGGGACUACUGGCCUUCCCAAAUUAAAGAUCACUUAUCCAAUUGCUACCAUGGAUACCGAGAAAGCUCUUGCUCUUCUUCGAUCUAGGCUCUAUGACCCUAACUAUGUCCAUGCAACCUUCAAAUCCUCCGAGGAGAGCAACUACUGCAAAUUGAAGUUUCUUAUCAUGAACUCUAUUUCGGAUUCUUGUAACAACUCUAUCCUCCUCCUUGGUCCUCGAGGAUCUGGAAAGGUUGCGGUAGUUGACUUGGUCCUUGAAGAUUUGAAAACUCAACACCCUGAUUCAAUUUCUGUGAUCAGGUUGAAUGGACUACUCCAUAGCGAUGACAACUUUGCACUGAAAGAAAUAGCUAGGCAGUUAUGCUUGGAUCACCAAUUAUUAUUUUCUAAGAUGGCUUCAUCAGAUGACAAUGCUGGAUUCAUGAUUGAUAUGUUAAAGGAGUGUGGAUUAUCUCACAAAUCAAUAAUUUUUGUCUUGGAUGAGUUUGAUCUUUUUGCUCAGGGGAAACAACGAUUACUUUAUAGUUUGCUUGAUGCAAUGCAAACAGUGUCUUCACAGGCUGUAGUUAUUGGUGUUAGCUGCAGAUUGGAUGCCGACCAACUUCUUGAAAAAAGAGUUCGAUCUAGGUUUUCUCACAGAAAACUACUUUUUGUUCCUCCUUCAAGAGAAGAUGUAAGAAGAUUGUUGGAGCACAUAUUAUACUUGCCAAAAGACAUAGGUCUCCUCUCUAAAUAUGUUGCAGAAUUCAACUCAAAGAUUCAGUAUAACUUGCAGGAUAUUUUAAAUGACAAAAAAUUCCAAGAAAUCCUUGAUUCCAUUUUAUUUAUUGAUGGAGCAAUUAAUAACUUGGUGCAGUUUCUAUUCCGAGCUGUAUCUUCUAUGAGCUUAGAAUCUGGUUUGCUAUCCCUGGAAAAUUUCAAAGGUUCCCACUUAUGUUACCAGAGGCAGCCCAAGACCCAGAUCCUUGAAGGUGUCUCAAUUCUGGAACUGUACAUUCUAGUGUGCAUGAAUAGACUGGAAUGUAAAGAGCAGAAUUCAUACAACUUCAAUUCUGUCAUGAAAGAGUAUAAAGCCAUCCAUGAAGCCUAUAAGACAUCCGACAAUUACAGAGACAGUGUAUGUCUGAGGGCUUUUGAACAUCUCUUGGAACGAGAGUUGAUUGGUUUUGUUGACAAUAAGGGACGCAAUUUAUCCAUCGAAAUUCAACCAGUGAAACUUUUGAUUUCACCUCACGAACUGUAUCUGGGGUUGAAGUCACGCUCUUCAUGCCCUGCCAUUCUUCAGAAAUUGUUUGAUCAUGAGAGCUUCAGAUAGUAAGAUGAUAACCUGUGGGUGUUGAUACCUAACGAUGUUGGUCCUGAAAAUCUAUUUUUGAUACUGAACGACGCUGGUACUGAAGAAUUUUGGUUAGCCAUUCUAGUCAGAAGCUUGCUUGCAAUUGUGCAGCACUCCUACUUGAACUGGUUUCUUUCUUCAUCCGAUACAAGCGGCUACUGUUAUAGUAAUCAAGGACAGAUAUGAAUACAAACUUCUUCGAAGCUCAGGUUUCUUGAAUGGAAGUAAAUCACGCUGAGGAUAUGAUGCACUGUAAUGACUUUUCCCCCCUACAAUGAUGACUAAAUGAACGGACUUAAACUCUAAGUGUGUCCUAACUACCUUGUCAAUUGUUGGUGGUUUGUUAGAAACUCUUAUCAGAGCAAGUUUAAUAUUAUUUUUCUUAAUAUUCUUUGAAGAAAAA